CAAGUCACACAACCCAAAGGUGCUUCUUCCUCUAUCGCCACCGCCCUCUCCCGCUCUCUCCUUCGCACUCGCAACUCGCACAAUCCUCUCCAGUCUCCACAGAGCUCAACAGCGCUCUUCUUUCCUUCUGACUCAGGCAAGCAAAACAUUCCCUUCAAUUUGAAUACACAAAAUCUAUUUCCCAUUUCUUCAGUUUUCAGUUUGCUUGACACCGAUCAUACACACACACACCAAGCUGUUCUUGCAAUGACCUCACUCCUCAGAAGAACAAAACCCAUCAAAGCCUUCCCAAACCCAGCACAAAUCCCUCACAAACUCGCUCAAACCCCAACACCAGCCCGACCCCACCAAAACCCAUGUCCCUCAAAGCUCCAAACCCUAAACCCUUCAAGGGUUUUACAGUUUGUCUCGUUUUCGACCCAAUCCUCCUCCAAAUUCCCCGAGUACGAAAUGCCUUCUGUCACCUGGGGUGUGGUCCAGGGCCGAAAGGAAAAGCUCGUUUCCCGUGUAAUCAUUUGCGAUUACUUGAAGACUUUAGGCAUAGUUCCUGACGAACUGGAAAACCUCGAGCUUCCCUCGACCGUCGAGGUCAUGAGGGAGCGCGUCGAGUUCCUACAGAAGCUAGGCUUGACCAUUGAUGAUAUUAAUGAGUACCCGUUGAUGCUAGGAUGUAGUGUGCGCAAGAACAUUAUCCCUGUGUUGGGUUACUUGGAGAAAAUUGGGAUUCAGAGGUCGAAAUUAGGAGAGUUUGUUAAGAAUUACCCGCAAGUGUUGCACGCAAGCGUGGUUGUUGAGCUCGCGCCGGUUGUCAAGUUCCUUCGUGGGCUUGAUGUGGAGAAGCUGGAUAUUGGGUAUGUGUUGCAGAAAUAUCCUGAGCUUCUCGGGUUUAAGCUCGAGGGGACCAUGAGCACUUCGGUUGCGUAUUUAGUUAGUAUUGGCGUUAGUCCUAGAGAUAUCGGUCCGAUGGUCACGCAAUAUCCUUAUCUUUUGGGGAUGAGAGUUGGGACUAUGAUUAAACCACUUGUAGAUUAUUUGGUGUCUUUGGGUUUGCCGAAGAAGAUUUUGGCUAGGAUGUUGGAGAAGCGGGCUUAUCUACUUGGGUGUGAUCUUGAAGAGACUGUUAAACCAAAUGUGGAAUGUUUGCUUAGUUUUGGGAUUAGGAGGGAAGCACUUGCUUCGGUUAUUGCUCAAUUCCCCCAAAUUCUUGGCCUGCCUCUGAAAGCAAAGUUGUCUUCGCAGCAGUACUUUUUCAAUUUGAAGCUCAAGAUUGAUCCUGAAGGGUUUGCACGAGUGAUAGAGAAAAUGCCACAGAUAGUUAGCCUUCACCAACAUGUGAUUAUGAAACCUGUUGAGUUCCUCUUAGGACGGUUGAUACCCUCUGAGGAUGUGGCCAAGAUGGUUGUCAAAUGUCCCCAAUUAAUUGCAUUGCGGGUUGAGCUAAUGAAGAACAGUUAUUACUUUUUUAAGACUGAGAUGGGGAGACCUAUAAAAGAACUCGUGGAAUUCCCAGAAUAUUUUACUUAUAGCUUGGAGUCCAGGAUUAAACCCAGGUUCCAGAGGUUAAAGAGCAGGGGGAUCAGGUGUUCCUUGAACUGGUUCCUCAACUGUAGUGACCAGAGAUUCGAAGAAAGAUUGCAGGGUGAUUAUAUUGAAACAGAGGGUGUAGGCCCAACAUUCUGUGUGGGUGGAAAGUUGGAGCUACCAGGGAGUGAGAUUGUGUCAGAUGAGGAAGAUGAGAGUGAUGAUGAAGUACUUUACAGACGUACUGUUUGUCUUUAAUGAAUAAAUGAAUCAAGCUCAAAAUGAAUUUGGUAUUCAUAGAGAUUGACUUUUGUUUAUGUUUUUCUUCUUUAAUAUACUUCUUGGUUUCUGUUA